GGAGGCUAGCCGUUUGUGUGUCGGUGUGACUUUGAUGCUCCUGUUUACGUAUAAGGUUUUGGUUAUUGGUCGCGUUAGCAUUGUUAGCAUAAUCUGCUAAUGCUAGCCUGACUGACAACCAACUGUAAUGUGGCGUUCAUGUUCGACUCGUAAUAAUAUAGUAUUCAUUUUUACUACUUCUAGGCACGUAGAUCGAAAUUCGUGUAGACCCCGUCCAUUGAUCUCAUGUAAUUACUCAGUCAUGACGGUAAAUCCUGAUUCAGUGCCUGGAACUUUUAUUUUCACAUUCACUUACUACAAGUCUGUGGUUGCUUUGUUGUCUGCAAAAAGUCACCAGUCUGCUAAUCUGUUCACCUACUAAUCAUUUUAGCUGAGUACUACUAUCCAAAAUCAAUCAAUUGUAAAAACAUGAAUGUGCAAGAUGUCAAAUGUAACUUAAUGUUUAUUUUAUUCAACAGCAACAGAUUUAUCUAAAUGACACACAGUUUAACCAAGCUGAAUUAGAUUUCACUAACGCUCAAGUAAAGACAUCUGUGAAAAUACAAAGGUGGUUUCGAGACUUUCAGGAGGUUCAAGGCUUAAACUCACAGCUGCAUUCUUUUAUCAUCAUGUGUUGUCAGACCUUUCUCUUUUUCAUCUCUUUAGUGAUGUUUUUAAUGUGAUAGCUGUCAGUAAAAACUGACAGUCAUGUCAUAAAUGUUUUGUUCGAGCCCUGCUUUCAAUCUGACUAAACCAGCAGCAGUGUCUGCUCUGAAGUCAGUUUAAAGAGACGCCUGUGCCUCCUUGAGAUGCUGUUGAUGUCAUGGACUGCCCUGGUUUCUACAUCACUGGGGUAUGUGAUAGAGCAUCGCUGGUUCGAACAGUGGAAGGAGUUUGUGCAGACCGGAGACCAGAACUCAUCAUCUUUCCCAGGGCAGAUCGACAACACUGAUUUGUUCGAGGAUCUGGACUCAUAUCACCUAAAGGAACGUUUGGUGGAGAACGAGGAGUUUGUGUUGGUCCCUGCUGAAGCCUGGCACAAACUUUUCUCCUGGUAUGGCAUGGUGGAUGGUCAGCCGCCACUGGAACGCAAGGUGGUGGACCUACCCAGCACGCUAAAGGUGGAGGUUUACCCUGUUGAGAUCUUCCUCUGUCUCCAUAGCAACAUGGAGAAUGUCAUCACUUCACAGUUUAGCCGCGCGGAUACCAUACAGUCCAUUCAGAGGGCCGUGUGUCAGGCCUUCUCUGUGCCGUCGGGCUCAGAGUGCCGACUGUGGAUGAAGAGUUCAGACAGCAGCUGCGAGCGUCUCAGGAACGUCCAUGUGAGCGUGCUGGAUGCCUGUUUGAGCUCAGGGAUGACGGUGAUUAUGGAGACGAGGAAUGCUGACGGCACCUGGCCCAGUUCCAGACCACAAGUAAUGAGGAACUCGGUGGAGGAGCAGGACUCAUACAGAGGACAGCCGGGAGUGUGCGGCCUCACUAACCUGGGAAACACCUGCUUCAUGAACUCUGCUCUACAGUGUCUGAGUAACACUCCUCCCCUGACCGAGUACUUCCUGCACAGCUCCUAUGUGGAGGAGCUGAACUUCACCAACCCUCUGGGCAUGAAGGGAGAGAUCGCCGAGGCCUAUGCUGACGUCAUCAAACAAAUGUGGUCUGGGAGACACUACUCUGUGGUGCCUCGCGUGUUUAAGACCAAGGUGGGUCACUUUGCGUCUCAGUUUCUGGGUUACCAGCAGCACGACAGUCAGGAGCUGCUGUCCUUCCUGCUGGACGGGCUGCACGAGGACCUGAACAGAGUCAAAAACAAAGAGUACAUUGAGCUACGAGACGCCGAUGGACGCCUGGACCAGGAAGUUGCAGAGGAAGCGUGGCGCAACCAUCGCCGGCGGAACGACUCUGUGAUAGUGGACACGUUUCACGGCCUUUUCAAGUCAACUCUUGUCUGUCCAGAGUGCCACAAGGUGUCCGUGACCUUUGACCCUUUCUGCUACCUGAGUGUCCCGCUUCCAGUCAGUAAAGAGCGCGUCAUGGAGGUCUUCUUCGUCUCUCUGGAUCCCUACGCCAAACCCGUACAGCAUCGUCUUGUGGUUCCUAAAGCAGGGAAAGUGUCCGACCUUUGCUCUGCGCUGUCAGAUAUGACCAGCAUAUCUCCCACCCAGAUGGUCGUAGCUGAUGUGUUCAACCAUCGUUUCUAUAAGAUCUACAACACUGAUGAAUCUCUGAGCUGCAUUCUGGACCGAGAUGACAUCUUUGUAUAUGAGCUGAGCGAGCAGGACGAGCAGCAGGAGGAGCAGGUGCUGCUGGCGCUCUACCUGAGGGAGCGCUCCCACUACAGAGACUAUGGUUCGGGCAGCAGCUCGUACGGCACGUCGCUGUUUGGACACCCGCUGCUGCUCAGUGUGCCACGCAGCAGCUGCAGCCAGGAGGCGCUCUACAGGCUGUUCCUGCAAAGAUUGGCGCGCUACGUUCAACCCCCCGACCCGUCUGAGGAGCUGGAGGAGGAGGAGGAGGAGGAGAAUGAUGAUGAUGAAGAGGAGCUGAAGAAAACACAGACCAACGGCAUCAGUGACGAUGAUGACCAGCAGGACGCAGAGAAGGCCGGAACCUCUCAGGACCAGGCAGAUGCGCUGCAGUCUGAUCUCAACGACACGCCGUCGUCACAAGACCACAGUGAUGCAGAGACCAGCAGCACGUCCCAGAACCAGACGGAGCCGUCGGGCUGCCUCGGUACCAACUGCACCAACGCCGCAAUCCCCUUGGACUCGAGAGGGACCACAGACACCACCUCGCAGACGUCAGCGGAACAAAUGCAGCAGCCUUGCAAGACCACAGAAGAUGACGGUGAAGAAGGCAAGCAGGAGGAGGCAUGUUCUCCCAGCCCACCACCCACUGAGCAGCCAGCCAAGAGGAGGGCAUGUCACAAGAGGAAGAAGAAUCUGUUCACCAUCCAAGCGGUCAACUCCAACGGAACGACCGAGAGGGGCAUGGGGGAGGGAGGCAGCGCCGUGUCCUUCACCUCUCAGCCUUAUGUGGCCAUUGACUGGGACCCUGAAAUGAAGAAAAGAUUCUACAAUGAAAAUGAGGCUGAGAAAUACAUGAAACACAGCAGCAUGGAGGUUCCUCAGCAGCAGGCGAUCGUUCAGCUUCAGGAGUGUAUCGAGCUGUUCACCACUGUGGAAACACUGGAGGAGGAGAACCCAUGGUACUGUCCGGUGUGUAAAAAGCACCAGCUGGCCACCAAGAAGCUGGAUCUCUGGUCUCUGCCGGAAGUUCUCAUUAUCCACCUGAAGAGGUUCUCCUACACAAAGUUCACCAGGGAGAAGCUUGACAGCAUUGUGGAGUUUCCUCUAAGAGACCUCGACUUCUCCAGCUGCCUCCUCAGGAAGAGCCUCUCCAGUGGGGAGCCUCCGAGCUGCUACGAUCUCAUCGCUGUCUCCAAUCACUACGGAGGCCUCAGAGACGGCCACUACACCAGCUAUGCCAGGAACAAGGAUAAUGGCCAGUGGUAUUACUUUGAUGACAGCAAGGUGACCUAUGCCAGCGAGGACCAGAUCGUGACCAAUGCUGCUUACGUCCUGUUCUACCACCGACAAGACAAGCUAAGAAAGCCCACUCUGCCCUCCCCCACUGCAAGUCCCGCCUCCUCCACCCAGGCAGCCAAUGACAUUACUUCAUCUAAAGACGACGACACAAAGCUGAGCGCCAAUUCCUACCUCACCAUGGAAACCGACUAAAAGACCCACAGGUUUAUUUAAUUCUACUUUUUUCUGUUCAGAACAGCGGGUCUUCUUUUUAAAAUGUUCCUACAACACUUGACAUUUCUUUAAACUAUAGAUUUUACUCCCAGUUAUUAAAAACAACAAAUGUACAGGUGCACACUUCGUCUCAGCUCUUAUGUCCCACUGGCUACUAAAAAUCGCAUCUGUUGAGUUUACGAAUGGAAACCUGGAUCUCAGGUAUGAGAUGGGGGGCUGACGUUUCAUACUGGGUUUGAUCCGGUUUGGACUGAAACGGGCUCAGGUCAUUUGUCACAGCUUUUUUUAAUGUUUGGCUGCUACAUAAGAGAUUGUUUCUAAAUUUGACAUUCUUGACACAAGGACUGCAAUUAGACGCUCGUGGUUAUUUCAUGAAGUGAGAUUCAUUUUACACAAACAUUCCCAAAACAAAUUGUUUUUCAAAAUCCUGCUUUUUAAAGUCAUUCCAACUUUCACAGAGGUAAAACUGUUGAAAUAUUAAAAUAGUCAUCUUCUGUGGUUACACAUUAAAGGCGCACUUGUUGUAAGGUACAGUCAAAUUUAACAUCCUAAGAGGAAUCAAAUCACUUCAAGCUGCCAGAUGAGACCAGAUUAGUUGUCUGUAUAUUUUGGUUGUAUUUAUUUUUUUAAUCGGAUAAUUGCAGCUGUUGAAUAACUACAGGUGUCUCCUGAGAUGUUUAUUUUUCAUAUUUAUAGAUACGAUUUGUAUUCAGGCUUUGACAGAAUGACAGGGGAGCCGUUUAUUUCCAGUCUGUAGAGACUUAUUGGUUUUUAAGCAGCUCUGUACAGUAUUUUUGUAUUGUAAGAACUAAUAUCAGUCCUGGGUCAGGCAGGAGGGAUGCUUGGGGUGACUUCUUUCUUUGGUCUUCCCUGUCCAUAUCAGAUUAAAUAUUUUAUUGUACUUGGAAUCUUUUGAUAUGAAUAAAAAAUUAAUUAUUAACACAAACAAAAA